GUCUCAUAUAAGAUGCGAAUAAUUUUAUUAGGCGGUGUAUUUUGUUGGUAGUAUGUAUAUAAUUUAAUUUAUCGAGUAAUAUAAAAAAUUUGAUAUCACAGUAAAUAGCUUAUAGCUGUACCGAGUAAUAGUGAAGAAGAUUGCGAGAGAAAAAAAAAGGACGAGGAGAGGACUAUCUACAUCGUCGUAGACUCGUAGAUGGUUCGCGUGGGUUCAUUCAUAACACGUGUUGGAGAAUUGCAAAGGUUUUCAUUUCAGUGGCACGAUAAAUUAUACGUUAACCAUGUCCGACAACGCUUAAUGCAAGAAUAAUUCAUAUCAGAGGUACACGUUUCUGUUUACUUUGCUGCUGCCGUGAUGAAUAUUCUGCAGUAUUCAGAAUCAGCAAACGAGGAAAAGCGAAAACUAGCUCAUAUUUGUGAUACUGUGAAACGAGUAACACGACUGAAUGGAGCUUUGUACGUUUCAAUUCUAGUCAUAUAUUUAUCCAUGUUUCUAAAUAACGUACUGUUGAGUUCAGUUGUACCAGUGUUGCCAGAUAUGUUAAACACCAUUGAAAACUCCGAAGAUAAUAUUCGACAAUCAAACACCAGCGCCACAAAACACUACAUGGAUCUAGUUUAUAAAUCAAUGAAAAAAAUGCUGCCACCAGAAACGGAAAAAGCGGCGGUUUUAUUAUCCUCGAAAUCGGUAAUCCAACUGGCCAUAAAUCCGCUAGUUGCGAUGCUCAUUUCGAAAAUAGGAUAUUAUGUGUCGUUAUUAAUAGGCAACAUAAUACUAUUAGCGACUUCUUUCGCGUUUGCUUUUGGAAAUAGUUUCAUCGUGCUGAUACUUUGUAGAGGAUUACAUGGUAUUGCGUCCAUUAUGAUUACAAUAUCGGGAAUGUGUAUUUGUGCGAAGAUAUUCUACCAAGAUGAAAAUUCAAGGAGCAAAUACAUGGGAAUAAUUUUAAGCAGCGAAGCUCUGGGUAUCCUUGUUGGUUAUUCAUUUGGAGCAUUUACGUAUAAUUUACUCGGAAAAUCAACACCGUUCGUAGUAACCGGAUUAGCAAUAUUAACGAAUAUAGUCUUGCUCAUAUUGUACCAGGGAUCGAUUGCAAAAGCUCAGUUCGAUAGUAAUUGCUAUCUAGCAAUUGGUGAUUCCAAAUGGUGCAGUAUAUGUGGUUUAUUAGAAGAUGGUUUUAUUUUAACGAUAUUGGGAGCUGUUUUCAUAUCGUCGUCAACAGUCGCUGUUCUAGAACCUUGUCUACCGUACUGGUUAAUUGAAAAUAUUGAGUUGAAGGACUGGCAAACCGGAUUAAUGUUCCUUCCAGACAGUUUUGGAUACUUGUUAAGCACAAGCACUUGCGGCAUUCUCGCCUACAAAGUUGGCAGAUGGAAGAUGACAAUAGUUUCAUUGAUUAUUGUCGGAUGUUGUUCUAUAAUGAUUCCAAAUGCUACAUCGUUAGUGCAACUAUCAUUACCACAUUUUGGUAUCGGAUUAGGUAUCGGAGCAACAGACUGCGCUUUAAUUCCACUGUUGGCCAGAUACGUGGAUUUACAACGAAAUAUCCAUUACGGCUCCGUAUACGCUUUACAGCAAGUGAUUACCAGCACGGCGUAUGUUUGUGGCGCUCUCCUAGGCGGUGGAUUUGUGGAUAUUAUUGGAUUUUCCAGCGUAAUGAGGAUUAUUGGGUUUUCAAAUGUAGUGUAUGCCAUUGCGUUCCUGUUUUAUGGAAACAAGCAUGCUUUACUGGCGGAAAACAUGGAAUUGUGCGAAACAUCGGUAUCUUACGAACCAAUAGGCGAACCUAUGAAAUUAAUUUCGAUAAAAGUAAAUCGAAAUUAUCAUUCGGUGGGUAAUUCAGAAGAUAGCGACUGAUAAAAUAAACAAUAUUAAGAAACAUUUCACGAAUUCGAAGUAUAAAACUGUUAUCGGAAGCUGAAAAUGGCGCUGGAUACAAUUUUGAAAUUUUAUAUACGAGAAAUUCAUGUAUAUGUAUAACGAUGAGAUGCUAUGGUAUAGAGUAUAGAAUUUCCGAAAUAUUAA